CCUCUCGUUUUAUUUCAUCCAUCGACGUCGUCGUCGUCGGCAGAUGAAAAAAAAAAAUUAUUCCAGUGUAGUCUCAAGUCUUGUCAAUCCCAAAUAAUUAAAUAAAAAUAUACCCAGGUGUAAUCCGCACAAGCUGUUUUUUAAAAUAAAUAUAACAAAAAAAUGGCAACAAAUAAUGGCAUCACUGAGUCGCAAUAUUUUCACGAGGAUAUAGUGUACAGAGUUGACAAAAAAGGCAAUGUUGAAUUCGGUAUUGUCAUGGAGAAUGACGACCAAGAUAUGUCUGACGAGAGUGAGGACAGUGAAGGUGGUCCUAAACGUAAGAAAGGUGAAAUACGUGUUGUCUGGCAUCCUUCUGGAGUUAAAGAGCUCAUUAAUUCAAAAAAGGUUCAUCUAGCAGACAGGUCAUUGAUGCCUGGAGACGUAGUGCGACGUAUGAUCAAAGGUAAAGAUACCCAGAGAGGCUAUUGUCGUGACAUUGAGCUCACAGCUUGUGUUCAGGUAAUUGGGACCAAGCAAGUAUUGACUAACAUCAAAAGCGAGAAUUUAACGCCACUUGAAGAAUUCGGUACGGAUAUUGCAGUCUGCAUGGAUUCCUGGGUCGGUGGAAUCAGAAUGGUCCACUUCAAGCUCUGGUUAGCGACCCCAGAUGGUUCUCAAUGUGUGAUAAAUGAAAUGGAUGCUCAAGGACUGGCUCACUUUGAAGAAAAGCGCGACCACGACAACGAUUUUCCUCAUUCGUCAGAAUUUUAUCCCGGACAAUGUCUGUGGGGACCGAUCCAGUGUCUAGAGGACGCCGAGUGGAUUCAGUGUUCCAAGGAGAUGCUGUCAAAACGUAAAUUUAAACCUCAAAAGAAAACCAAGAUAAUUGUCCAAGAAGUAAAGGCUGACUGGGUCGGCGUGCACUGGCAGUGUCGCGCGUACUCCAAAGACGGCGCGUGGUCGGAUCAGGCCCAGCCGAAAUUUUUAGUCGAGGGUGCGGACUUGAAAAAGCUCAAGUUGCUCAAUGUCUUUGAGCCUUCAACCCUUCAGGUGGGGGAUCGAGAUUUCUAUGUCUACAAAGGAACUGAGAAUGUGAUAACUCGCGAGCAGUGGCGCAAGCACCAGCGCGAAGUCUUUCAGGUUCCGAAACCUAGUCCGAGAAAGUCAAGAGCCAAAUUUGAGGAUAAGCUAAAGAAAGAUUUAGAUAAUAAAAAUUCACGGGACUCCAGUGUACAAAAUGGGAAUAAUUUAAUGCCUCCGAAUCAGAAUCAAGGCGGCAAUACUGAGAGUUCUGAUGACUGGGACACUGAAGACACAGGAAGCCAGAGUGAUACUGCAUCGAUGUCCAGUGGAGCUUCUAGUCUUUCUUCAAUGGGGAAAAAAAAGAAAGGCCCGGCGCUGAUGACCAAAGUACUGAAGAAAAAAAAGCUUAUCAAGGCCAAAAAGAGGAUACCUCCUGCGCCUUUGGUUCCUGGGUCAACUAUUGUUGUAGAGACACUGUCGACUAAUACCAAAGCCAACGUCGUCUGGCAAGACGGCUCCGUGGAAUUGGGGAUCCCUUCUACUCAACUUUAUCCGAUCCAUCAUCUUGAUGACAAGGAAUUUUUUCCAGGGGAUUUUGUUGUCGAUCAAAAAGAAGAGUCUCGCAUGUAUGGAGUGGUGCAGAGUGUCGACCAUCAAGGGCGGACAGCCAAGAUAAAGUGGUUCCGUACCUACACGUCUAGUCAAUCGCCUCAGCCGACUCUUCUGGAAGAGCGAGAAGUUUCGGUUUAUGAUCUGAAAGAUCAUCCAGAUUUUCAGUACCGUCCGGGAACUUUGGUAAUACGAAUUGCUAAUUUUGAAGGCGAGGACGCUGGCUGUACUGCUGGACAGGUGUUAGAUAACUAUCCUGAGGGGUCUGUUAAAGUUUGGUGGGUCGACGGGCACGUGAGUAUGUGCUGGCCACAGGACUUGUACAAAGUAGGAGAGUACGACAGCGAUGAGCGCGAGCUUUGGGAUGAAGUUUCUUCAGACGCUUCUUGGGAGACCGAGCUGGAGGAUUGUUUUAUUGCAGAUAAUGACGGGACUGAGCAAACAGAGAAUAUAAAACCUAAGCUAGCUGCUCAUAUUGAGAAAGCCAGGAUCGCUAUGUCGAGAUUGGAAGAAAUUUUCACCCAGAAUCCAGCUCUGCAGACUACUGAAGUCAUGCGGAAAUUGUUGGAGGUUUAUAAAGACUGCCGGUACAUGGAUAAAUUAAUGGGAACUUCUUUCUUCCAUGAGAGUAAUUUUCAGGGACUGCUGGAACGCGUGAGAGAACGCGGCCGUGCUAAUGUGGCCCAGAGGAUGGCUGAUCAAGUCACUAGACUAUUUACUCAUCAGUCAGGUGGAUCGGAGUCCGAAGACGGGGAUAAUAUUGAAAAUACUGCGGGUGCAUUGGAGAAAAUCGCGACGACCAUACGUGACACUGUUGAAGCUUGCGCUGGGAAUUCUACUGACAAUCCUCAUCCAACUGAAGACUCGGGACUUUUUUCAGCGGAGCAUUCUAAAAAAGAGUCCGGCUCCAGUGAAUCCAGCGGUGAAUUUCCUCUCGAUGAUCGCUCACCAGCUCCAGGAGAUUUAAGUAUUGACGAGAACGGACAAAAACCUCGCGAGACAUUUUCAAAUAGUCAUAUUGCCAACUCGCAUGUCUGCGUUAAAUUAUGUACAUUGAUAAAAGCUCAAUUGUUGUUAGCUCACGCCGAAGUCUCCAAGAGAUUCGGUCUAGCUCGCAUGUCACUGUCCGACGCGGCUAAAAAUGGCUCACCACUAAAACAAGAUAAAGCUAAAGAAGAAGAAAAAAAAGUUGAAGCAAUUGUUCUGGAUUGUUCAUCAUCGGAUGUUGAAAUUCCGGCCCCGGUUUAUUCUGACGGCGAGGGAUUCACGAUAGAAGAAAACGCUCCAGAUAGUCACAAGUUUAAGCUAACAAUGUUCCAGCCAACGGAUCCAGCUAAUUUUUUCCGUACUGUUUCUAAAGAAUUGAAGCUGUUGCGCAGCUCUUUACCACCCGGCAUCUGGGUCAAAGGUUUUGAAGACCGGAUAGAUUUAUACAGUGUCAUGUUCCGGGGUCCGGAAAAAACUCCCUACGAGGACGGUUUAUUUUUAUUUGACUUUCAAUUAUCUGCUGAUUACCCAACAGCACCGCCGCUCUGUCACUACAUUUCUUACUGUAGCGAUCGACUGAAUCCGAAUCUCUAUGAAGACGGUAAAGUUUGCGUUAGCCUACUGGGCACUUGGGCUGGCCGUGGAACUGAAGUCUGGACCAGCUCUUCGACACUUCUUCAAGUAAUCGUGUCCAUUCAGGGAUUGAUACUUGUCUCCGAGCCGUAUUUCAAUGAAGCUGGCUUUGAAAAGCAGAAGGGCUCACAGCAAGGUCGCGAGAACUCUCGUAUGUACAAUGAAAUGGUGGUACUCAAACUUGUUCAAUCGCAGACAAAAUUACUUCAACAUCCACCGUCGGUUUUUAAAGAUGCGAUUAUUGAACAUUUUAAGAAGAAUGCUGAGAAAUUACUUGAGCGACUUGAUAUUUGGAUGGAAAUUUCUGAACAACAUAAUAAUCAACAUCCUUUGUCUCCACUUACUCCUACUACUUUUAAAGACUUUGCACAAAUAGAUAAUAAAAUUCUACCGGAAUUUCCAUUAGUACCAGCGUCAAAAGGAUUUUGUAUAACAUUAAGAAAAACUCUAGCAACAUUUAAACAAGCUUUAAUUAAGGAAGGAAUACUCAGUAAUACUAAAUUAGUAACAACCGAAAAUAUUCAAGAGAAUAAUACCAAAUCGGGUGGAAAUUCGUCAAAAUGCGCCAGCGAGACCAAAGAUACAAUAAAUAAUAUAAUAACUACAAGUACCGAGUACGUUAGUAUAAGUGAAACGAAAAAAGAUAUUACGGAUAAAAAUUCCAGCUAGCCACAAGGUAAUUUCAAUUAUUUAGAAUACAAAAAUUGCGCGGCUAUUCGGUAAUAAUUAACCAAAAUAACAAUAAAAAGUAAUAAAUAAGCAAAUAAUUAUUUAAUAAAUUAUCAAAUGAGAGAGCUAAAGUAUUAAAUAUUUUUAAUGUUCACAAUUGUGUGAAUUUAAAUAAAUAUUAUAAUUAGUUAAAUCUCUCUCUCUUUUUUUUCUUUCUUAAAAUCUCAAUAGCUGAGCCGUUGACUUUAAUUGUAAUAAGAGAGACUAAUUGCACACUUGAGUAGAAAAGUUUGCGCAUAAAAUUAAAUUUGGUAGCCUUAAAGUUUUUAGAGUGAUAAUAAAAUAAAAAUUCGCAAAGCUUUUUAGUGAUAAUUAGUUAUCAAAUUGAGGAAUAUAAAUCUAUAUGAAGAGGUAAUUAUAGAAACAUAAAACAAGUAAUUAAUAACUUUUAGCAAUACGUGUUUGAUGCCUGAGGGCGCAAAUCUUGGUGAUAACAUUUUAAAUAAUUUAAAAAUAAUAAAUAAAAUGUUAAUAACUCUAAAGAGGAAACGAAAGAUGCAAUAAUUCACGUCUUUAUAGGAAUAUUUACGAUUGUAUUAUUAUUUAUUUAUUUAUAUUAUUUUUUUCUUUUAUUAAAUAAUUUAUUUAUUUACUGUAAUAAUUGCAACACCGUCAAUACACAGAAGUCAUUAAAUUACAUGCCAUCCAAUUGAUAAAACGAAGGGAUAUUAUAAAUUUUAAAUAAUACUUUAUUUAAAAUUAAAUUAUACUGUGGAGUUUAUAGAGUGCUUAGUGCAUAGCUUUAGACUGUAAUUAUUAAAGUAUUAAAUUAUAUUUAUUAAUUACGCGUGUAUACGUUAAAAUAUUUGUAAAGUGUUUUAAGAUAACAAAUGGAUAAGUAAUUAAAAACAAACAAUUAAAUAAUAGCUAUUAAUAU